AUGAUUAUUGCCUUCUUGGGCUUUGUCAUUUUCUUGUUCCAAUGUACAACGUGUGAGAAGCCCCAAGAAGGGAUCACCUCCUCGGCAGACUGGCGCUUCACACACUCUCUCUAUAAUGCGACCAUCUACGAAAACUCAGCCCCCAAGACCUAUGUGGAGAGCUCCAUGAAAAUGGGCAUUUACCUCGCUGAGCCCCAGUGGGCAGUGCGGUACCGGGUCAUUUCCGGGGACGUGGCCAAUGUGUUUAAAACAGAGGAGUAUGUGGUGGGUAACUUCUGCUUUCUGAGAAUAAGGACAAAGAGCAGCAACACGGCCCUUCUGAACAGGGAGGUGCGAGACAGCUACACCCUCAUCAUCCAAGCCACGGAGAAGACCCUGGAGUUAGAAGCUUUGACCCGGGUGGUGGUCCAUAUCCUGGACCAGAAUGACCUGAAGCCCCUAUUCUCCCCGCCUUCAUACAGAGUCACCAUCUCUGAGGACAUGCCCCUCAAAAGCCCCAUCUGCAAGGUGACCGCCACAGAUGCUGACCUGGGCCAGAAUGCCAAGUUCUAUUAUGCCUUCAACACAAGGUCGGAGAUGUUUGCCGUCCAUCCUACCAGCGGCGUGAUCACCUUGGCUGGGAGGCUCAACAUCACCUGGCGAGGGAGGUAUGAGCUCCAGGUGCUGGCUGUGGACCGCAUGAGGAAAAUCUCAGAGGGCAAUGGGUUUGGCAAUCUGGCUGCACUUGUCAUCCACGUGGAGCCUGCCCUCAGGAAGCCCCCGGCCAUCACCUCGGUGGUGGUGGCUCCACCAGACAGCGAUGAGGGUGCUGCCUAUGCCACCGUCAUGGUGGAUGCAAAUAGCUCCGGAGAAGUGGACUCACUAGAGAUAGUUGGUGGUGACCCUGGAAAGUACUUCAAAGCCAUCAAGUCUUACGCCCGCAGUGGUGAGUUCAGAUUGGUGUCUGUCAAAGACAUCAACUGGCUGGAGCACCUUCAUGGAUUCAACCUCAGCCUGCAGGCCCGGGGUGGGAGCAGGCCUUCUUCUUCUUCCCAGAUCAGGGGCUUUCACCUACCCCCUUCCAAAUUGACCUCCCUCAAAUUUGAGAAGGCUGUUUACAGAGUGCGGCUCAGCGAGUUUUCCCCGCCUGGCAGUCGUGUGGUGAUGGUGAAAGUAACCCGAGCCUUCCCCAACCUGCAGUACGUUCUACAGCCAUCCUCAGAGAGUGUGGGGUUUAAACUGAAUGCUCGCACUGGGCUCAUCACCACCACGAAGCUCAUGGACUUCCAUGACCGGGCCCACUACCAGCUCCACAUCAGAACCUCACCAGGGCUGGCCUCCACCACUGUGGUCAUUGAUAUAGUGGACUGUAACAACCAUGCCCCCAUCUUCAACAGGUCCUCCUAUGAAGCCACCUUUGAGGAGAACAUCCCCCCAGGCACCAGCAUUCUGACAGUUACUGCCACAGACCGGGAUCAUGGAGAGAAUGGAUACAUCACUUAUUCCAUCACUCGUCCAAAAGUGGUACCCUUUUCCAUUGACCCUUACCUGGGGAUUAUCUCCACCUCCAAACCCAUGGACUAUGAGCUCAUGAAAAGGAUUUAUACCUUCCGGGUCCAGGCAUCAGAUUGGGGAUCCCCAUUUCGGCAGGAAAAGGAAGUGUCUAUUUCUCUUAGGCUCAAGAACUUGAAUGACAACAAGCCUAUGUUUGAGCAAGUCAACUGUACUGGGUCUAUCCGUGAAGACUGGCCGGUAGGAAGAUCCCUAAUGACUGUGUCCGCCAUAGAUGUGGAUGAGCUGCAGAACCUAAAAUAUGAGUUUGUGUCAGGCAAUGAAUUAGAGUAUUUUGAUCUAAAUCAUUUCUCGGGAGUGAUAUCCCUCAAACGCUCUUUCAUGAAUCAUACUACUACUGGUCAACCCAUCAACUAUUCCCUGAAAAUUACAGCCUCAGAUGGGAAACACUAUGCUUCACCUACAACUUUGAAUGUUACUAUAGUGAAAGACCCUCGUUUUGAGGUCCCUGUAACGUGUGAUAAAACAGGAGUAUUGACGCAUUUCACAAAGGCCAUCCUCCAUUCUGUUGGGUUUCAAAACCAGGACUCAAAUGAUGAAGAUUUCAUUUCCCUCAGUGCAUAUCAGAUCAAUCAUCAUACACCCCAGUUUGAGGACCAUUUCCCACAGUCCAUUGACGUCCUUGAGCGUGUUCCUGUCAAUACCUCCCUGGCCCGCCUGGCAGCCACUGACCCUGAUACUGGAUUUAAUGGCAAACUGGUCUAUGUGAUUGCAGAUGGCAAUGAUGAAGGCUGCUUUGACAUUGAGCUGGAGACAGGGCUGCUCACGGUCGCUGCCCCUUUGGACUAUGAAGCCACCAGCUUCUACAUCCUCAAUGUAACAGUGUAUGACUUAGGCACUCCCCAGAAGUCAUCCUGGAAGCUGCUGACAGUGAACGUGAAAGACUGGAAUGACAAUGCCCCCCGAUUUCCUCCCGGUGGGUACCAGAUAACCAUCUUGGAGGACACAGAGGUUGGAACCACAAUUGCAGAGUUGAAAGCAAAAGAUGCUGAUUCCGAUGACAAUGGGAGGGUUCGCUACACUCUGCUAAGCCCCACAGAGAAGUUCUCCCUCCAUCCCCUCAAUGGGGAGCUGGUUGUCACAGGACACCUGGACCGGGAAUCAGAGCCACAAUAUAUACUCAAGGUGGAAGCCAGGGAUCAGCCCAGGAAGGGCCACCAGCUCUUUGCUGUCACUGACCUGACAAUCACAUUGGAAGAUGCCAAUGACAACUCGCCUCAGUGCAUCACGGAGCUCAGCAGCUUGAAAGUCCCAGAGGAUCUACCCCCUGGGACUAUUCUAACGUUUCUGGAUGCCUCUGAUCCUGAUGUGGGCCCUGCAGGAGAAGUGCAUUAUGUUCUGCUGGAUGAUGCCGAUGGGACCUUCCAGGUGGACUUGAUGACUGGCGCACUCAGUCUGGAGAGAGAGCUGGACUUUGAGAGGUGGGCUGGAUACAACCUGAGCCUGUGGGCCAGUGACAGUGGGCGGCCCCUGGCCCGCAGGACCCUCUGCCACGUAGAAGUGAUAGUCUUGGAUGUGAAUGAGAAUCUCCAUCCUCCCCGCUUUGCCUCCUUUGUGCACCAGGGCCAGGUGCAGGAAAACAGCCCCUCGGGAACCCAGGUGAUGGCAGUGACUGCCCACGAUGAUGACAGCGGCUUGGAUGGGGAGCUCCAGUACUUCCUGAGGGCUGGCACCAGUCUUGCAGCCUUUAGCAUCAACCAAGACACAGGUAUGAUUCAGACUCUGGCACCCCUGGACCGAGAAUCUGCAUCCUGCUACUGGCUGACGGUGCUGGCAGUGGACAGAGGUUCCGUACCUCUCUCCUCUGUGACUGAAGUCUACAUUGAGGUUAUGGAUGUUAACGACAACCCGCCCCGGAUGUCCAGGCCAGUGUUCUACCCCUCCGUCCGGGAGGAUGCACCCUUGCACACCUCUGUGCUUCAGCUGGAUGCCUGGGACCCGGACUCCAGCUCCAAAGGGAAGCUGACCUUCAACAUCACCAGUGGGAACCAAAUGGGAUUCUUCCUCAUUCACCCUCUCACAGGUCUCCUAUCCACAGCCCGGCAGCUGGACAGAGAGAUCAAAGAUGAACACAUCCUGGAGGUGACUGUGCUGGACAACGGGGAGCCCUCCUUAAAGUCCACCUCCAGGGUGGUGGUCUGCAUCUUAGAUGUCAAUGACAACCCCCCUGUGUUCUCCCACAAGCUCUUCAAUGUCCGCCUUCCAGAGAGGCUGAGCCCAGCAACCCCUGGGCCUGUGUACAGGCUGGUGGCUUCAGACCCUGAUGAGGGUCUCAAUGGCAGGGUCACCUACAGUAUCGAGGAGAGUGAUGAAGGGAACUUCAGCAUCGAUCCAGUCACAGGCAUGGUGUCAUCCAGCAACACCUUCACAGCUGGAGAGUACAACAUCCUAACAAUCCAGGCAACAGAUCAUGGGCAGCCUCCACUCUCGGCCAGUGUCCGGCUACACAUCGAGUGGAUCCCCCAGCCCCGGCCCUCCUCCAUACCACUGGCCUUUGACGAGCCCCACUACAGCUUUACGGUCAUGGAGACGGACCCUGUGAACCACAUGGUGGGGGUCAUCAGUGUGGAGGGCCGACCUGGUCUCUUCUGGUUCAACAUCUCCGGUGGUGACCAGGACAUGGACUUUGAUAUUGAGAAGACCACAGGCAGCAUUGUCAUCGCUAAGCCUCUCGACACAAGGAGGAGGUCGAGCUAUAACUUGACCGUGGAGGUGACCGAUGGGUCUCACACCAUUGCCACUCAGGUCUCCAUCUUCAUGAUUGCCAAUGUUAAUCACCACCGGCCCCAGUUUCUGGAGGACCAUUAUGAGGUCAGAGUUCCCCAGGACACACUGCCUGGGGUUGAGCUCCUCCAAGUCCAGGCCAUGGAUCCAGACAAGGGCAAAGGCCUCAUCUAUACUAUACAUGGCAGCCAAGACCCAAGGAGUGCCAGCCUCUUCCAGCUGGACCCAAGCAGUGGUGUCCUGGUAACUGUGGGGAAGUUGGACCUGGGCUUGGGCCCCUCCCAGCACACUCUGACAGUUAUGGUCCGAGACCAGGAGAUGCCCAUUAAGAGGAACUUUGUGUGGGUGUCUAUUUAUGUGGAGGAUGGAAACCUCGACCCACCCCGCUUCACCCAACUCUACUACGAGGCAAGUGUUCCUGACACCACGGCCCCUGACACAGAGCUGCUCCAGGUCCGAGCCAUGGAUGGUGACCGGGGAGCCAAUGCUGAGGUCCACUACUCCUUCCUGAAAGGGAACAGUGAGGGUUUCUUCAACAUAAAUGCCCUGCUUGGCAUCAUCACUCUGGCCAAGAAACUUGAUCAGGCAAAUCAUGCCCAAUAUAGCCUGACAGUCAAGGCAGAAGAUCAAGGCUCCCCACAGUGGCAUGACCUGGCUACAGUGAUCAUUAAUGUCUAUCCAUCAGAGAGCAGUGCCCCUAUCUUUUCCAAAGCUGAGUACUUUGUAGAGAUCCCUGAAUCAAUCCCUCUUGGGUCCCCAAUCCUCCUAGUGUCAGCUACAAGCUCCUCAGAAGUUACCUACGAGUUAAGAGAGGGAAACAAGGAUGGUGUAUUCUCCAUGAAUUCAUAUUCUGGCCUCAUUUCCACCCAGAAAAACUUGGACCAUGAGAAAAUUUCAUCUUAUCAACUGAAAAUCCGAGGCAUCAAUAUGGCAGGUGCCUUUACUGAUGUCAUGGCCCUUGUUUACAUCAUUGACGAAAAUGACAAUGCUCCCAUGUUCUUCAAGUCCAUGUUCGUGGGCCAAAUUAGUGAAGCAGCCCCAUUGUACAGCAUGAUCAUGGACGAAAACAACAACCCCCUUGUGAUUCGUGCCACUGACAGUGAUGAAGAAGCUAAUUCCUUAUUGGUCUAUGAAAUUUUGGAGUCAGAGGCUUUGAAGUUUUUCAAAAUUGAUCCCAGCAUGGGAACCCUAAUCAUCAUAUCAGAGAUGGAUUAUGAGAGCAUGCCCUCUUUCCAAUUCAGCGUCUACGUCCAUGACCAAGGAAACCCCAUCUUAUUUGCACCCAGGCCUGUCCAGGUCAUCAUCAAUGUCAGAGAUGUAAAUGACUCCCCUCCCAGGUUCUCAGAUCAGGUAUAUGAAGUAGCAGUGGUGAAGCCCAUCCACCAGGGUAUGGAGCUCCUCGUCGUGCAAGCCACGGAUGAGGAUUCGGAAGUCAAUUACAGCAUCAAAACUGGCAAUGCUGAUGAAGCUGUUGCCAUCCAUCCCAUCACAGGCCGAAUAUCUGUGUCAAACCCUGCCUUCCUGGGAGUCUCUCGGGAGCUCACCAUCAUGGCUUCUGAUGGCCUGUAUCAAGAUAUCACGCUAGUAAAAAUUUCUUUGGCACAGGCUCUCAACACAAGCUUACAGUUUGAUCAGGUUGUCUACAGGGCAACAGUGAAGGAGAAUUUACAGGAUAGAAAGUCACUGGUGAUUCUUGGUGCCCAGGGCAAUCAUUUGAAUGACACGCUUUCCUACUUCCUACUGAAUGGCACAGACAUGUUUCGGAUGGUCAAGUCAGCAGGUGUAUUGCAGACAAGAGGUGUGGCAUUUGACCGAGAACAGCAGGACACUUAUGAGGUAGCAGUGGAAUUGAGGGACAACAGGACCCCUCAGCGGGUGGCUCAGGCUCUGGUCAGAGUAUUUGUUGAGGAUGUCAAUGACAAUCAUCCUGAAUUUAAGCAUGUGCCUUAUUACACAGUUAUCCAAGAUGGCACAGAACCGGGGGAUGUCCUCUGUCAGGUAUCUGCCACUGACAAGGACUUGGGGGUAAAUGGUGCUGUCACAUAUGCAUUUGCGGAAGAUUAUGCAUAUUUUCGAAUUGACCCCUAUCUUGGGGACAUAUCACUGAAGAAACCCUUUGAUUAUCAAGCUUUAAAUAAGUAUCACCUCAAAGUCAUUGCUCGGGAUGGAGGGACCCCAUCCCUCCAGACUGAGGAAGAAGUACUUGUCACUGUGAGAAAUAAAUCCAACCCACUGUUUCAGAGUCCUUACUACAAAGUGAGAGUGCCUGAAAAUAUCACACUCUAUACUCCAAUUCUCCACACCCAGGCCCGAAGUCCAGAGGGACUCCGACUCAUCUACAACAUUGUGGAGGAAGAGCCCUUGAUGCUGUUCACCACUGACUUUAAGACUGGUGUUCUAACAGUAACAGGUCCUUUGGACUAUGAGUCUAAGACCAAGCAUGUGUUCACAGUUAGAGCCACAGACACAGCUCUGGGGUCAUUUUCUGAAGCCACAGUGGAAGUCCUGGUGGAGGACAUCAAUGAUAAUCCUCCCACUUUCUCUCAAUUGGUCUACACUACUUCAAUCUCAGAAGGCUUGCCUGCCCAAACCCCUGUGAUCCAGCUGUUGGCUUCUGACCAGGAUUCAGGGCAGAACCGUGAUGUCUCCUAUCAGAUCGUAGAGGAUGGCUCGGAUAUUUCCAAAUUCUUCCAGAUCAAUGGGAGCACAGGGGAGAUGUCCACAGUUCAAGAGCUGGAUUAUGAAACUCAACAACACUUCCAUGUGAAGGUCAGGGCCAUGGAUAGAGGAGAUCCCCCACUUACCGGUGAAACCCUUGUAGUUGUUAAUGUGUCUGACAUCAAUGAUAACCCCCCAGAGUUCAGGCAACCUCAGUAUGAAGCCAAUGUCAGUGAACUGGCAACAUGUGGACACCUGGUUCUUAAAGUCCAAGCUCUUGACCCUGACAGCAGAGAUACCUCCCGCCUGGAGUAUCUGAUUCUUUCUGGCAAUCAGGAUAGGCAUUUCUCCAUUAACAGCUCAUCAGGGAUAAUUUCUAUGUUCAACCUUUGCAAAAAGCACCUGGAAUCUUCUUACAACUUGAGGGUAGGUGCUUCUGAAGGGGUCUUCCGAGCAACUGUGCCUGUGUAUAUCAACACUACAAAUGCCAACAAGUACAGCCCAGAGUUCCAGCAGCAUGUUUAUGAGGCAGAAUUAGCAGAAAAUGCAAAGGUAGGAACCAAGGUGAUCGAAUUGCUAGCCAUAGACAAAGAUAGUGGUCCCUAUGGCACUGUAGAUUAUACCAUCAUCAAUAAACUAGCAGGUGAGAAGUUCUCCAUAACCCCCAAUGGCCAGAUAACCACUCUGCAGAAACUGGAUCGGGAAAAUUCAACAGAAAGAGUUAUUGCUAUUAAAGUCAUGGCUCGGGAUGGAGGAGGAAGAGUCGCCUUCUGCACUGUGAAGAUCAUCCUGACAGAUGAAAAUGACAACCCCCCACAAUUUAAAGCAUCUGAGUACACAGUGUCCAUUCAAUCCAAUGUCAGUAAAGACUCCCCAGUUAUCCAGGUGUUGGCCUAUGAUGCAGAUGAAGGUCAGAAUGCAGAUGUCACCUACUCGGUAGACUCAGUGGAGGACCUGGAUGAAGACGUCAUUGAAGUCAACCCAACUACUGGUGUUGUCAAGGUGAAGGAGAGCCUGGUGGGAUUGGAAAAUCGAGCCUUUGACUUAAAAAUCAAAGCUCAGGAUGGGGGCCCUCCUCACUGGAACUCUCUGGUGCUGUUACGACUUCAGGUGGUUCCUAACGAAGUAGCCUUGCCCAAAUUUUCUGAACCUUUGUAUACUUUCUCUGCAUCUGAAGAUCUUCCAGAAGGGUCUGAAAUUGGUUCUGUUAAAGCAGUGGCAGCUCAGGAUCCAGUCAUCUAUAGUCUAGUGCAGGGCACCACACCAGAGAGCAACAAGGAUGGUGUCUUCUCCUUGGACCGAAACACGGGAGUUCUAAAGGUGAGAAAGGCCAUGGAUUAUGAGUCCACCAAAUGGUACCAGAUUGAUUUGAUGGCACAUUGUCCCCAUAAUGACACUCACUUGGUUUCCUUGGUCUCUGUCAAUAUCCAAGUGAAGGAUGUCAACGACAAUAGGCCUAUAUUUGAGGCUGAUCCCUAUAAGGCUGUCCUCAUUGAGAAUAUGCCAGUGGGAACCUCAGUCAUUCAGGUGACUGCCAAUGACCAGGACACUGGGAAUGAUGGCCAGGUGAGCUACAGGCUGCCGGUGGAUCCUGGUAGCAAUAUCCAUGAGCUCUUUGCCAUUGACAGUGAGACUGGCUGGAUCACCACACUCCAGGAACUUGACUGUGAGACCCAUCAGACCUACCACUUUUAUGUGGUGGCUUAUGACCAUGGAAGGACCAUCCAGCUAUCCUCUCAGGUCCUGGUUGAAGUCUCUAUUACAGAUGAGAAUGACAAUGCUCCCCGAUUUGCUUCUGAGGACUAUAGAGGAUCUGUGGUUGAGAACAGUGAACCUGGUGAACUUGUGGCCACUCUUAAAACCUUGGAUGCUGAUAUCUCUGAGCAGAACAGACAGGUCACCUGCUACAUUACAGAGGGAGAUCCCCUGGGCCAGUUUGGCAUCAGCCAAGUCGGAGAUGAGUGGAGGAUUUUCUCGAGGAAGACUCUGGACCGUGAGCACAUGGCCAAGUACUUGCUCAGAAUCACAGCUUCUGAUGGCAAGUUCCAGGCUUCAGUCCUUGUAGAGGUCUUUGUUCUGGACAUCAAUGAUAACAGCCCGCAGUGCUCACAGCUUCUCUAUACUGGCAAAGUCAGUGAAGAUAUAUCUCCGGGACACUUCAUUUUGAAAGUCUCUGCAACAGACUUGGACUCUGAUACCAAUGCUCAGAUCACAUAUUCUCUGCAUGGUCCUGGAGCAGAAGAAUUUAAGCUGGAUCCUCAUACAGGGGAGCUGACCACCCUUACAGCCCUAGACCGAGAGAAGAAGGAUACCUACAGCCUUGUUGCCAAGGCGACGGAUGGAGGCGGCCAGUCAUGCCAGGCAGAUGUGACCCUCUACGUGGAGGAUGUGAAUGACAAUCCCCCUCGUUUCUUCCCCAGCCACUGUGCUGUGGCUGUCUUUGACAACACCACGGUUAAGACCCCUGUGGCUGUGGUCCUGGCCCGGGAUCCCGACCAAGGUGCCAAUGCCCAGGUGGUUUACUCUCUGACGGACUCUGCCGAAGGCCAUUUUUCCAUCGAGGCCACCACGGGUGUGAUUCGGCUGGAGAAGCCGCUACGGGCCAAGCCACAGGAAGCACUGGAGCUCACCGUCCGCGCCUCUGACCUGGGCUCCCCGAUACCAUUGUCCACGCUGGGAACAGUCACCGUGUCAGUUGUAGGCCUCGAUGACUACCUGCCUGUGUUCCUGAACACUGAGCACAGUGUGCAGGUGCCCGAGGACGCCCAGCUUGGCACGGAGGUGCUGCAGCUGGCCACCCUCACUCGCCCUGGUGCAGAGAAGACCGGCUACCGUGUGGUCAGCGGGAAUGAACAGGGGAGGUUCCGCCUGGAUGCCCGCACAGGGAUCCUGUAUGUCAACAAGAGCCUGGACUUUGAGACAAGCCCCAAGUUCUUCCUAUCUGUAGAGUGCAGCCGGAAAGGCUCUUCCUCCCUCAGUGACAUGACUACAAUCGUGGUCAACAUCACUGAUAUCAACGAACACCGGCCCAGAUUCCCCCAGGAUUUGUACACCACAAGGGUCUUGGAGAAUGCUGCCGUGGGUGACGUCGUGCUCACUGUGUCAGCGACUGAUGAAGAUGGACCUGUAAAUAGUGCCAUCACCUACAGCCUGGUAGGAGGGAAUCAGCUCGGGCACUUCACCAUCCACCCCAAGAAGGGAGAGCUACAGGUGGCCAAGGCCCUGGAUUGGGAACAGACUUCUAGCUAUUCCCUGAGGCUCCGAGCCACAGACAGCGGGCGACCCCCACUGCAUGAGGACACAGACAUUGCUAUCCAGGUGGUUGAUGUCAAUGAUAACCCACCGAGAUUCUUCCAGCUCAACUACAGCACCUCCGUCCAGGAGAACUCACCCAUUGGCAGCAAAGUCCUGCAGCUGAUCCUGAGCGACCCAGACUCCCCAGAGAAUGGCCCCCCCUACUCAUUCCGAAUCACCAAGGGGAAUGAUGGCUCUGCUUUCCGAGUGACCCCUGAUGGAUGGCUAGUGACCACUAUGGGCCUGAGCAAGAGAGUCCAGGAAUGGUAUCAGCUUCAGAUCAAGGUGUCAGACAGCGGCAUCCCUCCCCUCUCGUCCUCGACGUCUGUCAGUGUGCACGUCACGGAGCAGAGCCUCUACCCACCCUCUGCCCUCCCACUGGAGAUCUUCAUCACCAUCGGGGAGGAGGAGUUCCAGGGCGGCAUGGUGGGCAAAAUCCACGCCACAGACCGAGACCCUCAGGACACGCUGACCUACAGCCUGGCAGGAGAGGAGACCCUGGGCAGGCACUUCUCAGUGGGCGCAACUGAUGGCAAGAUUAUUGCCACCCAGGGCCUGCCUCGUGGCCGCUAUGCAUUCAACGUCACAGUCAGUGAUGGGACCUUCACUGCCACUGCUGGGGUCCACGUCCAUGUGUGGCACGUGGGGCGGGAGGCUCUGCAGCAGGCUGUGUGGAUGGGCUUCCACCAGCUCACCCCGGAGGAGCUGGUAAGUGACCACUGGCGGAACCUGCAGAGGUUCCUCAGCAACAAGCUGGACAUCAAACGAGCUCACAUUCACCUGGCCAGCCUUCAGCCUGCAGAGACCAUGGCUGGGGUGGACGUGCUCCUGGUCUUUGAGGGGCAUUCUGGAACCUUCUACAAGCUCCAGGAGCUGGCAUCCACCAUCACUCACUUGGCCAAAGAGAUGGAGCACUCGGUGGGAAUUCAGAUGAGGUCAGCCAUGCCUGUGGUGCCGUGCCAGGGCCCAGGCUGCCAGGGUCAAAUGUGCCAAGAGAGUGUGCACCUGGACCCCAGGGUGGGACCCACGUACAGCACAGCCAGGCUCAGCAUCCUGACCCCACGGCACCGCCUGGAGAGGAGCUGCUCCUGCAGUGGUACCGCCACGAGAUUCAGCGGCCAAAGCUUUGGACGGUACAGCCUUCCAGAGGCUCAGAAAUGGCACAUCCGUUUCCGUCUGAAAACACACCAAUCACAGGCUGUUCUCCUGUUCAGCAAUGAGACAGUGUGUGUCUCCCUGAAGCUGGUCGAUGGAGUGAUCCAGCUGGAAUACCACUGCCCAGGUGGUUUCUAUGGAAAUCUUUCCUCCUGGCUCCAUGUGAAUGAUCAAGAGUGGCACUCCAUUGUGGUGGAGGAGACAGACACUUCCAUUCGCCUCUUGGUUGACAGCUUUGCCAACACCUCCCUCAUGCUCCCAAAGAAUUGCCAGGGUCUCAGGCCUGAAGGAAACCUCUUUAUGGGUGGUCUUGUUCUCUUGCAUUCUUCCCCAAAUGUGUCCCAGGGCUUUGAAGGCUGCCUGGAUGCGGUUGUGAUCAACGGAGAGGCACUGGAGCUGCUGGCCCAUGGCAAGAAGGCAUCAGCCUUGCUGGAAAGGCAGGCCCUCACCCAGUGCUGUGUGCACAGUGAUGACUGCAGCCAAAACCCAUGUCUCAAUGGUGGCAAGUGCUCACAGACCCAUGGGGCAGGGAAUGUCUGCAGGUGUCCCCCACAGUUCUCUGGGAGGCACUGUGAACAAAGGCGGGAGAACUGCACUGUGACACCAUGCCUGGAAGGCGGCACUUGUACCCCCUCCCCUGAAGGAGUGUCCUGUAACUGCCCUCACACUAACAUGGGAGACAGGUGUGAAAUGGAAGCAAGGGGCUGCUCAGAAGGUCACUGCCUAGUCACCCCUGAGAUCACAAGGGGGGACUGGGGACAGCAGGAGAUUCUGAUCAUCAUAGUGGCCCUACUGUUUAUUGUUUUAAGCACUGUUGGGCUCCUGUUCUACUGCCGCCAUUGCAAGUCCCACAAGCCCGUGGCCAUGGAGGACCCAGACCUCCUAGCCAGGAGUGUUGGUGUGGACACCCAAACUAUGCCUGCCAUCGAGCUCAACCCGCUGACCACCAGCUCCUGCAACAACCUGAACCAACUGGAGCCCAGCAAAACCUCAAUUCCAAAUGAACUUGUCACUUUUGGACCCAGCUCUAAGCAACGGCCGGUGGUCUGCAGUGUGCCUCCCAGACUCCCACCAGCUGCAGCCCCUUCCCACUCUGACAAUGAGCCCAUCAUAAAGAGGACAUGGUCAGGCGAGGAGAUGGUGCACCCAGCUGGAGCUACGGUCUGGCCCCCUUCUUACUCCAGGAAGGAACGUUGGGAAUACCCCCACUCUGAAGUGACCUCUGGCCCUCUGCCACCAUCGCCUCACCGCCACCAGACCCAACCCGUGAUGCCGGACCCCACUGGCCUCUAUGGGGGCUUCCCCUUCCCACUGGAGCUGGAAAACAAGCGGGCACCUCUCCCACCCCGUUACAGCAACCAGAACCUGGAAGAUCUGAUGCCCCCACGGCCCCCCAGUCCCCGGGAACACCUACUGGCCCCCUGUCUCAAUGAGUACACGGCCAUCAGCUACUACCACUCACAGUUCCGGCAGGGAGGGGGAGGGCCCUGCCUGGCAGAGGGGGGCUACAAAGGUGUAAGUAUGCGCCUCAGCCGGGCUGGGCCCUCUUACGCAGACUGCGAGGUUGUGGGUGGGCAUCCUUCAGGACGGGGCCAGCCCCAGGCCCCCCCGCACUAUGAGGGCUCUGACAUGGUGGAGAGUGAUUAUGGGAGCUGUGAGGAGGUCAUGUUCUAGCUGUCCUCAGAGGGAGGCAGGUAGGAAGCCAAGGACUUGGCACCUUCCUCCCAUCUUGUAUGAGUGCGAUGAGCGUGGCUGCAAAAGGGGAGGCAAAUCCCCAGUCCAGGCCACCAUGCUUUGACAUGUGUUCUUCUAGAUCCCCAGCGAGUCCCUGAGGAUGGAGGGAAGCUGAGGGAAGAGCUCCAGGAACAGCACUAGGGCCCCCUGCAGAAAGGGGCCACACAGACCAGUUAACCCUGGAAAACCAGGACACACUGGUUCCUGGGAUGGACAAGAGGCAGUUUGUCUCGCUGACUGCCUCCUCUCAGUCCCCAGGGAGGCAGGUUUGAGCUACUGAGUCAGCUCUGUCAGGGAGCACUCUUACACCUACUCGCAGCUCCAUUCUGAAGGCAGAGGCAGGUCUGCACCUGACAGGCUACAGAGGUGAGGUCCAGGGUCAUCUGACCCUGGAGGGCCACAAUGUGUCCUCUAGGGGCUGAGAGGUGAGCAGCAGGCAAGCAGGGACAAGUCAUCUGUGCACCCUGCCUCACUCACACAUCACUAUAGCGUCCGCUCCAUGUCGGGUACCGUGCUAGGCACGGGGCACGAUGUGAAUGAGGCUGACAAGGGUUGCUGAGGAUCAUCACUUGGCUCAGUCUUCUGGGGUCCCACUUGAAUCAGAUUCCAAGGAUCUUGCUCCGCCUCUAUCAGGUCCCAUGACUUUCCACCAGCAAGGGCCUGUCAGGAUUCGUGCAGAGCCCCAAACCUCCUUUGUUAAAGAAUUCAGACCUCAUGGGACUCUGCAUUCUUCAUUCCAAGUUUCUCAAGCACUUUGGGCCAAAGGCAAGAAGGAUAUGAUUCUUUGUUUUUAAAAUUCUUAGGCACUUUUCAACCUUGCUGUCUGGAUGAGUUGCCCCAAAGGGAUUUUGCUGCCCUAGACACAAGGAACUCAGAACUCCCAUUCAGGGCAUCAGGGCAGGGUGGAGGCAUGGAGCCAGACAUGCUGCCUUUCCCUGCCCCUCCAUCUCAGAUGCCUGCUAACUGAAGUGUUACCUGCAGUGACUCAACCCUAUGCACGGAGGGUCAAUGUGGGCACGUGUCUGCACAUGUGGGCACCCGUGUAUAGUACGUGUGUACAUGUGGAGACUGUAUGUAGCCAGGAACAGCAGGGACCAGAGUGGCCUUGCCGCUCUUUCCCCUGCCAAUCCCUUUCUCCGGUCCACUGACUUUUCAUGUGUGCUGUUUCUGGAGACACAAGUCAAAAGGAAGAGCAAUAGAGACUCACUCACAGGGUUGCUGCUGAUAGCGAGACAGAGCUGUGUGGGUGAGGGUGUAUUUGUGCGAAAGGUCACACACACACCACUGUGUGUGACCGAGCGUGUGACCGAGUUUGUUGUUGUUGUUUUUUAACAAUAAAAUAUCUUUUUUACUGUUA